UGUAGUCUGUGUUGUCCAGCGGAUUCCCUUGUUUUCUAUCCCUCCUCUCCUUCCAGACGAAGGGGCGGCAUCGAACCAUUUUCAUCACAAACAGCGACGCUUCCCUUUUUUCAAACCGUAGAACUCCGGGACAAAGCCUCGUUGGUUGUGAACCUCCUCCUCCACCGCCACUGAUCGAAGGAACCUGCUGGUCCCCGGGUCCACCUGAUGAGCAUGAGCCUGAAAACAGAACCCUCUAACGAUGGUCCCGCUGUGACAGAAGAGGUGAGCAAAGCGACUUCGCCUGAGAAGAAAGAGAAGAAGCCAGAGGAUGUGGCUGAGGAGGAGGAGGAGGAGGAAGAGUAUGUCGUGGAAAAGGUCCUGAAUCGGCGGGUGAUGAAAGGGAGAGUGGAGUAUCUUCUCAAGUGGAAAGGCUUCUCUGAAGAAGAUAACACGUGGGAGCCAGACGAUAACCUGGACUGUCCAGAUUUGAUUGCAGAAUUUCUGCAGUCCCAGAAAACGGCUCACGAUGGAAAGAGGAAGGCGGGAGGAGAGGCCGAGGGAGACGAGAGUAAAUCCAAGAAGAAGAAAGAUGACCCAGAGAAGCUCCGGGGCUUCGCUCGAGCUCUGGACCCAGAGAGGAUCAUCGGGGCCACAGAUUCCACAGGAGAACUCAUGUUCCUCAUGAAAUGGAAGAACUCGGACGAGGCCGACCUGGUGCCGGCGAAGGAAGCCAACGUGAAGUGUCCGCAGGUCGUCAUCGCCUUCUACGAGGAGAGACUCACCUGGCACUCGUAUCCCAGCGAAGACGAGAAGAAGGAGGACAAGAACUAACACGGGCGAAGAAAGGGAAUUCCAUUGUACUUUCAACAGGGGGGGGGGGGGGGGGGGGGGGGCAGGCAGCAGAGACAAGUGAGACACCACUGGACUCACUCGUCUCUCGGUGUAGUAUCACUCGUUCGAUUCUACUUUUAUCUGGAUGCAGUCUCCAUGUAUAUAAGCUUCAGGUCCAUCUGUUCAUUCUCAGUAUCCGUUCCAGUUUUAACGAGUCGAUUAAACGAGACGUUUUCAGUGUUCUCUCCGCUCGACGUGGAAUCAGACGUUUUCAUUUCAUCAUUGUGCCAUGUGCUCGGUUCACCGGUGCUUUUUUCGAGGGAGACACUUUUCCCUCUUAGCCGCGACCUUCGACCUUGUUCGGUGUUCGGUGAUGAAGUCUCUUUCAGUGAGUCGUUCUCUGUCAUGUGUUUCAUUGUGUGUUGCUUCUCACUUUUUGAAAAUAAACCACUUUUUGUUAA